AUGAUCAAGUCGCCACUCGAUUCGUUCGGCGAAUGGACCGAUAUGUCCGUUUUCCUGGAGUUGAAGCCGAGAAACGACCUGGCAUCGUUGUUUGUCGACGUUCCGCCGGGUUUCCGCGAGAAAGCUGAGGUUCCAGAGCAACAGAAUCCAAGGAAGAUAAAAUAUUCGGAUAUCAACGUCGUCAACGUCACCGACAACUUCAUCAGAAUCGGAGCACCGCCCACGCCAGAAACCAUUCAAAAAAGGCACAAGGAAGCACAAAAUCAACAAAAUCAGCCGAAAAAACAAAGAGAACGGAGCCAAUCGACGUCUUCAUCGGCUCCAAGCUCACCAACCAAAAAAAUGCAGAAAAAAUCGAAAAAGGGCGAAAAAUCCUUCGACUUCAAAGCGACCCGUUUCGGCGCCGCCGUCCGUGACGUCGUCAUAAAACCCCAAACCCUGUGCUCCCCAGCUUUCGACGACUCAACUGGGCGCAUUUUCAUGGCCAAAGUGAGCGUGGAGCCCCUAUCGGGCCCCCUGGUCCCAAAAACGGCCCACCGAUUGGCUGUGGAUGUGAACAAAUUGGAGAAAUUGGAGGAAUUUUCCGCGAAAGCGGUGCCACGUGUCAAGUGUGCCCGCUGUAAGCUUGGAAUCCUCUCGGAGGAGUACAUUAUGACUGUUGGAUGUCUUCCCGACGACGAGUUCCUGGCGACCACUCAAUCCGCUGAUUUCUACUGUAGAGAUUCGUGUGGCGCCGGUUGUGAUCCGGAUAGACACAAGCACAAGAAGGCCGAAGACCUAAAAGCGAACCCGAAAUGGUUGCCCACCGAGAAACGGGCGAUGAUCAGCUACGCGAAUUCGAUUCUACACAAAUCAUCGGUGCUCGAGGAGAAUAUCGUGAUUGAUGAGCGCAAGAAUAUCAAGUGUGCCGGAUGCAAAUGCCAACUGGGAAAAGUGCAAAAAAACCAUCCGGACAUCUACCAAUUCAAUCAAAUCGCCACCCUGAUGACGGGCGGACCCAAAAAGACGCCGUUCGUCGAUAAAAUCAAUCCCACCCAAUUGUCGAUUUAUAUGGCGCAGCUAAUUUUGAACGGAUGCGAGACGCAGACAUCGAUGAAGCUGGUCAUCAGAUCCCUGGACAAAGUGCCAUAUAUGCUCGUCUGGCUUCUGGACUCGUAUGUGGUGAUUGCGAAUGGAAUCCUAGAGGGAUUACGGUCGGAAGACGACGAAGGAGCCAUUCUGACCCCAUUUCCAGCGAUAAAACUGCUCUACAAGGUGUUCAACAAUCAAACGGCCGCCUCGGAUCCGCGUGCGAAUGGAGAGGACACGUCGGUGGGACUGAUCGAUUUGCCGCUUCCGUGCUGUGAAGUAUUGAUUGAGCUCCUGCUGCGCAGCUCGUUGAGAAGCCCACCGGCGUGUCGUGCCGUCGGACAAUUCUUCGUUGGCUAUUUGCAGAUUGAUGAGAGGAUCUAA